AUCAGUGGUAAGUGCUGUUCAUACACGGGUACCUCAGUUUGGGCCCUAUGAUGGGGCCUAUGCUAGAGAAUUCCCCGCCGCAGCACGUGCUUUGCAUAAGCAUUGUGUCUAAGCAUUCUUUUGCUACAGUCUAAAGAGCGUUGAGAGGCAUGUUUCUUUCAUGCAUUGUGUUCCAUGUCUUGUUUUCUUAGCUACUGGCAACAAGUGCAUUGCUAAGUACUGUGUCUUGUUUUCUUCUGGCUGAUUGUAGAAGUGUCUUCCAAACCUGCCAGAUUUCCAGCAUGGCUCGAGAGAAGUGACCGCAACCCCCCCGAUGCCACGGGACGAGCAGCUUCCAUGGGAUCAUGUCCCAGCGCAACUGUCUGCCUCAGAGGCUACAGAACUCAUCCUGCAGCAUAUCGAAAAAGGCCAGGUCUUUGCGAGGAAUGUGGUCUCCAAGGCGGACAAGGAGGAUUUGAGGAGAUUUGAAGAAAAGGCCUUGAAGCGCUUUGUCCAAGCGCAAAGUGUGUUGAAGAGACAACAAAGCGCGCCAGAAGUCCGGCAAGCACGGACAUCAUUCUCUACAUCGACUUCGCUGUCGAGGACCAACUUUCAGCGUGGAUUCGGUGUCUCAAAGAGACCACCAAUCUACGUUGGUGCCAACAAUCAUCUUGGUCCGGGCCAGUAUGACACCCAUAUGGUUGGCGCCAUGAACUGGGAAAAGGAUGCGGAGCUUUCACAUCCAGCUCAGAAACAGUUAACAUCACACAAGUCACCGCCCAUUGUGAGCUUCACGCAUGCAAAGGGCAUAGGCCUGUCCCAGGCGAAGAUCACUGGGGCGCCAGGGCCGGGGCAUUAUACGAUGCCCGACUUGUGGGAUCCUCAUUGGCAACAUUGUCCAGCUCUGGGCACCUCUUUCGCACGGAUCCCACCGGAACCGAGUGAUUCCCGGUUCGGCGGCUUAGCGAAGGGCAUCUUGAAGACCUAAGGGGUCUGGCACCCGCGCCAGCAAUGAGCCGGACAGUUGGCACGUGAAUUCGGGAUGUCUGAGAAUGAAUCAAAUCUGCAUCUCAACAUAUCUCAAAUAGUUGCUUUGGGAAGAAGUAGAUACACGCUCAAACCAAAAUGCACGUAAAAAUGAUUUUUCCAACUGCUUGUAGGUUCUGUAGGUUCAAGGUCGAAACUGAGAUACACCUGAGAACGACUGUGUGUGAGUGACUUUGCAUGUGCUUAUCCGAUGUCGGCCAUGGAGCCUGGCACAUCACCUGCUUGCCCAGUGAAAUUCGCUUGGUGAGUCAGGUCUUGUAAAACAAGCGCCUGGCAACCGAUGAUGCCCAGGGUUGCCUGAGCUUUGCUUCCGGCAUCCCGCAUGAUGUGAAGUGAUCAAACGAGAGUUCACCAACCCUGAUGUCACAGUAUGCGGCGGUCAGAUUGAAAAGAAGUCGCAGACCUGGAAU